GUGACGGGAAAUAAAUCGCCUCUUAUCUUGUUCUACGUUAUGUGUGGCAUACAGACAGCGUGUGAUCAAGUACUUGGCCAACACUACAUGUUCAUAAGCAUAAUCGCAUUGAGGGCGAGGAGCAUUCGACAGAACGCUAUGCUCCAGUCACUAUGAGUAUGUUAUUGUACUGUUGAAGCACGGCAACGGUCGAGCUGUCAACUAUGUCGUCCUUUCUGCAUUCUGUUAGGCUUCAGGGGAAUAGGACACCGUCGCAGAUCCGUCUUCAACAAGACAGCAUUGAGAUAUAGGAAUAGUGGGAUUUAUCUCAAAGGAUUUAUUCGAUAUCGUAACGUUUAUGAGUCCAUUACGUCAACUGAAUUCAACCGGAUUUCGAAUUCAAGAGAAACCAGAGGAUUGUAUAUUUUACGUACAGACAAGCCGUGGUUCGUUGUUAACUUGAUAUUUUCAGUCCAUGUCAACAGUGUUGAACUGGAUAUAUAUUGACUCUUAUGCAGAUUGUUUGAGGUUUGUAAAAAUACUUUCCGCGGUCGAUCUUCUCAGCUACAUUUGAAUUUUUGCGACUUUUAAUAGUUAUGAUUUGUUCACGAUCGCUGAAGCGACGUUUGCCCCGAAUGAAGAGCAUUUGCAGGAAGAAAAUAAUUUGGCCUUUAUUAUGUGUCCUGUGUGUUAUUGUACUUGUGUGGACGACGGAAGAUUUGGUGUUGCCGUUUCAAAGAUUUCAGUCUUUUGGGCCGGUCCUAAAUCACAAGUGGACAUCGGUCAAGGGUUCGGAUCUCUAUGUCUUCAGCGCUUAUUUCACUGGGCGUGACAACUUGGUGAGAAUCGUCAGCUUGGGCCCGACCGUGAGCACGGCUCGUGUGACAUGUUCCUAUUACUUUCUGGAUGACGUCACAGACAAGGUGGAGGCUAGGGAUGAAGGUGUGGCAGGAUCCAUCCAUCAAAUGAGAGAUCAUCAUGGGAUGAAAUUCAACAACCUUGAAAUAACCUGUCCUUUGAAGAAGGGGAGUUAUCCACAUUUUGUUGGGCUUUCUGGAACAAGAACAUCGCCAAAGAAUUACUUGAAGAUCAACUACCCACCCACACAAAGUUUCAAAGCAGAAUUCACCGUCUGCAUACCUGCGAUACACUCCAAUUUCAGCGGGAUGACAGAAGUCGUGCAAACUCUGGAAUUUGACCAGAUGUUGGGAGCACGGGACUUCACAAUCUAUUACACUUCUGCUGCACCGGAAGUAGAUGCUGUUCUGCGCAUGUACAGAGACAGAGGGGUCGUGAAAGUAGUUCCGUGGUAUCCACCGGAUGUUGAUGUACAUUAUCAUGCGCAGAUUGCUUCAGUUCGAGAUUGUUUCUACAGGAACAUGCAUACGUCCAACUACAUUGUGUUCAAGGACCUUGAUGAGAUCUUAUUACCACACAAACACCGAACGUGGCAGCAACUCUUGGACUACAUCAUGGAACGCCGCCCACAUGCAGGGGCAUUCGUUUUCCGGAAUUCUUUCUUGCACAAACUCGGCCCAGACAUCACUGAUGGCAUGGGGAACGUCGAUAUUCAAAUUUCAAAAACAUUCGGCCUCUACACGCUCCUGAAACGGCAGCGUCAAACAGUGAUUUGGAAAUAUAACAUGCGUGCUAAAUUCAUUGUUAACCCCAUGAGAGUGCAUAAUGUUGAAAUACACGAGGUGAAAGAUUUAAUGAAAGGAUAUAGCCGUGAAGUGGUGAAUGAAUCACUGGGUCUACUUUUUCACUAUAAACAAUUUGUUGAUGCAAAGAUCAAGACCGUGAAGGAUUCGGCGGCACUUCGAUAUCGUGAAGAACUGAUAAACAGAGUCAAGGAGAUAUAUCACAUUUUGAAUACACAGUACCAAAGAAGCACAUUUACGCAAUUGAGGCUUCUCCGUUAGAAAGUUAAUGUUUCUUCUGAUUACAUGUCAAAACCAGGGUAGAUAAUUACGACUUUGAAAAGGCAAUGCACAGAACUAAUGCGAGUGAAAGUAUUAUUGUUGCCGGUUACGGAUCGGAUUAUCUCUGUGAAAAUGAAACAUUUGACACUUGUUUCCAUAUAAACUGUAUAGUGUGAUCUCAGGCGAUACGAUUCGCCAUGCAGAGUUGCGUCCCUUGAUAGCUACUUUGUCCGCCUCCAGCAAUAAUCCACCUAUAUGGCGACGGUCUACAAUUAUAAUGACUGGAUUCCAUCGGGAUCGUGUGCCAUUAUGUUUAAAAGAUAUGCAUAUAUAUUUAGUGAAUAUUUAAUUCUAAUUGCAUAAAAAACAGCACAUACUAGUAAUAAAAAGAUAUUCGUCCUCUAUACCUCGGACACAUAAGGGGCAGUUUAUCAUUCAUACAUCAA